CUGAGUGUGUUUCCACUGCGCUAUCGUGACGAUGAGACGACGGGACAGCGAGAGAGACCGCAACAGAGCUCGAGCGGGCUCCAUGAGCGCGUUACCGCAGUGGAUGCGCAUGUAUUUCUACGGGAUGCACGGCGUCACCCUGGACAUCCUCCUGUCAUCUGUGCGCAGGUUUCUAGAUGGCAACGACUUUAAAUUGUUGGGUUUCUCCUCGCCGCUUUUGUGCAUCAUCCACUCCAUCACGCAUCUAGUUUUGGAGAAGAUCUACCUGCAGAAGAAAUGCUUCCAAGGACGUCCCGUCGUGUUCCAUCUCGUCUUCUAUCCAUCCCUGUACAUCUGCUUGCAGAUUUUAAUCGGGAGUGUGGUGUCUGUCACGCAGCUGGUCGUGCAUUAUAUCCUUGCGUUAUACUUCAGCAAUGUCUUCCAUAAAGGCUUCCUGCGUCUGCAGUGUCACCAUAACCGGGUGUUGGAGAGAUCAGCGUACCCGAACGGGUUACCGGACGUCCUGCGCUUUGCGUUCUUCGGGAUGCACGGCUUUCUGGAUGAGGUGGUGUUCACAUCGGUGUUCAACCUGUUCGAGAAAGCAGACGGGACAUUGACGGGUCACACCUCCCUGUGGUCCUUCUUCAUGUAUGGAAGCUGCAGCUUCGUGGUGGAGAAGCUCUACCUCCAUCUGCACUUCAGGAGAGGAUGGGGCACCUGGCAGAGGUUGCCCAUCUACAUCUGCUUCAUUUACACAUGGGAGUUCAUCUGGGGCUUCAUGCUCAGACAGUUUGGCGCGUGCUCGUGGGACUACUCGCAUUAUCCUCUCAAUUUCAUGGGCCUGGUCACACUGCUGUAUCUGCCCGGAUGGGUUUGCCUGAGUCUGUAUCAGGACGUGUUGUCCAAAAUUCUGUUGAGGGUUGUCUGUAAUAGUAGGGAUGAGGAGAUGAUGCCAGGCUUUGGCACCAAUGGGCGUUUGGUGCCAAAAGGAAAGCCUGAAACAGAAAAAUGGGUCUUUUCUUAA